UCGUGUUUCAGAGCACUGCAGAGCAACCUUUUGAAAGUCUCUUUUUUGUCACACUUUGAGAAGAAAACUUGGUGGUAACUCAGUCUCAAGCUGCAUUGUACUGAGACAAAGUGAAAAAAUGUCUGCUAAAUCAUCCAAAGGAAGAAAAAAAUCUCUUUUAACCACGAGGCCUUCAAGUCCUACUCCGACCGCGGCCUCCACUGAAAAAAGUCCGCGGGGAGAAGCAGACUCAGCUGCGGCCGCAUCUACGACGGACACAGAGUCUUUUCACAGUGAGCUUCUGUCCUCCCUGCGCAAACAUUUGAUAGAGACUCUGAAGAUUGAGGUCCGGGCUGUGUUGGAGAGUGAAAUGGCAGUCAUUAGAGCCGACAUUACUGCAGCCAGGUCCGAGCUAAAGGAAUACAGAGAGUCCAUUACAUCCGAGCUGUCUACGUUGAGUGUCACGGUAAAAGAUGUCCAGCAGCUGUUGGUGAAUAAAGAAGAGCUUCCACCUGAGCAGCAGGAGUGGAGCCACAUUCUGGACCAGGAGGACACUAAGCCCCAACACAUUAAAGAAGAACAUGAGGAACUGUGGAUCAGUCAGGAGGAAGAACAGCUUCAAGGACUGGAGGAGGCUGAUACCACCAGGUUCCCCUUCACUCCUGUCUCUGUGAAGAGUGAAGAUGAUGAAGAGAAACCUCAGUCCUCACAGCUUCAUCAGACACAAACUGAACAGAUGGAAACAGGAGUUGAUGGAGAGGACUGUGGAGGAGCAGAACCAGAGAGGGACUCAGAUCCAGAGAGACGUUUACAACCAGAGACUGAGGUCAAGACUGAAGACUCUGAUGAACCUGAGACUGAUGACAGUAAUGAUUGGCAAGAUACAAGAGAAGAUCUGUCAGAAUUAAACUUGAAACUAAAGACUGGUUGGAGACCACAUAGGUGCUCGGAUUGUGGUAAAAUAUUUAAUCGAAAAGAGCAUCUGACCAGUCACAUGAUGACUCACACUGGAGAGAAACCCUUCAACUGCUCUCAGUGUGAGAAAAGAUUUAACCGAAAACAGCAUCUGACCAGACACAUGUUAGUUCAUACAGGAGAGAAACCCUACAGCUGCUCUCAGUGUGAGAAAAGAUUUAGCCAUGAGUCUAGUUUGACAAGUCACAUGGUAAUUCACACAGGAGAGAAACCCUUCAGCUGCUCUGUUUGCAGUAAAAGGUUUACCCAAAGAGGAAGUCUGGCCAAACACAUGUUAGCUCACACAAGAGAAAAACCCUUCAGCUGCUCUAAGGUUGGUAAAACGUUUAGUUCUAAGGGAAAUCUGACCAAACACAUGAUGAUGUACACUAGAAAUAAAUGCUAAUCCUGUGCAAUGGUAAAACUGAACCAAAUGAUUUUUUUUCCACUCAAGUUUAAAGAUAGAUGUAAUGUAAACAUCAAGCCCACGGCAUAUUGAAAUAAACACCAUAAUACAGUAUAGAUCCAUCCACUUUGAGAAAAUGUAGACACCAGAGAAAGACAUAUUUCGGCAUGUUGAGUACUUCAUGCAACAUGGAAAGAAACAAUACUUCACACAAUCACACAAUCAAAAAAGACUCAACACAGAAAGGCACAAUACACAAUCUAAUAUACCCAGAAGAUAGACUCAUCACAGAAAAGGCCAAUCAGUUAUUCAUUUAACUCUCUUGGAUUCAGAGUGUCCAGAGUAUAAAUCCAAAAGGCUUCUCUUUUGAGUAACAAAGAACUCUAAUGUGUUAGUGUUUCUGGGUGAUGGACUGAACUUCUGACGAGAGGCGAGUACUGGACAAUACAGUUGAUUAUAGAUUCAGAUGACCUUGAUCUGGUGUUUGUGGUGGAAUUUCUGUACCUACUGUAUGUAUUAAGAUUUAAGUGUACAAACAUCAUUAUGUUUAUUCACGAUUCUCUGAUGUUAGUCAUAGCUGAUAGAGUUCAGCUGUCACUAGAAAGCAAGGACAGCUUAGUGUGUCAAGGGUUUUCCCCUUCAUAUCUGCAUGUUUGGUAGAGUUAGUGUCUGUUCCAAAUUGACUUCACAGAUUAGUUUAGGUCAGUAUGACUCUGACGUCAAUAAUGUCUUUUCUAUAUAUGCAAAGCCUGUGGAAGAGUUUGGGAGAAUUGGGAUAGCAGAGACAGCUUCAGACGUGUGCUUGCUACUCCAUCUCUUCUCCGGAGUAUUCUUGUAUGUAUAAACUUUCUUCAACUUAAGCCAUCUGAGUCAAGUGAAUCAUUGUGUGUGUGAAGUCAAGUUCUUAGUCAUUUCCUCAACAGUGUUGCUGAGACUCAGUUUGUAAAUGGGUUUUUUUAUGUUCACCUUCGUCUUAUGUUAAAUGUUCGGAAUAAACAAAUCAAAACAAAA